CUGAACUGCAGAUAUAGCAAGAGGGGGGCGUGCCUGCUCAAAACUACUCACACCAACUUAUGAAUUCAUGGCAAAAUACUUGAACAAAACUAGUUUUGAAGUGUAUUUUGUUCUAUCAUCUUUGUCUUGGAACCUCUCUCUACAUUGUUGAUUAUAUUUAUUGAGUGCCACGAGGGUGUUCCACAUAUUCAAUUCAUCAGCAAUGCCAGGCCCUGUUAUGCCUGUAGAUAUUGCUAUGCAGAUGUACAUCACACACUCUCCACCUCUCUGGAGCUUCCUCAGCUCCUAUGAGAACUUGAGGGUCAAGAACCGGGAAAACCACAACAAGCCCCUCCGGCCCUGCAUUAGCUCCCAAAGGCCCUUGGAGGCCCGGAAGAGCCCCAAGACCACCAUAAAGAUCCCCAAAGGCAAGAAGAAAGUGGUCUUUGCCGACUCCAAAGGCAUGUCCCUCACAGCCAUUCACGUCUUUUCAAAGUUCGAUGAAAAGCCUGUGCUCUCCGACUUACAAUUUGACCUUACAGAUCUGGAGAAUGCCAACAUGCAGCUGAAGAUCAGCACCAUGCGAAGCCUGGUGCUGGACUUCCCCCAACCCGCUGCAGACUAUCUGGCCUUCCGGAACCGGCUGUUGAAGGACUCUGUGUGCCUGGAAAACUGCACACUGCAGGAGAGGUCACUCACAGGCACUGUGAAAGUCCGAAACCUUGGCUUUGAGAAAUCUGUCCAGGUCCGGUUGACCGUUGACUCAUGGAAAACCCACACAGACAUUGACUGCACCUUCAUAAACAACGUCUACAGUUGCCAGGACACAGAUACAUUCACCUUUGUCUUCGAUCUGCCAAGUUACGUGCAUCCUUAUAAUAAAGUUGAAUUUUGCAUAUGUUUCAAGAGCAAAGACCAGGUUUUCUGGGACAAUAAUUAUGGGGAAAACUACAUGCUCAAACCCAUUGGGUGGAAUGGAGAGGAUGUGCAAACACUGGCCAAAACCAUUGUUGAGCAUAAGAAACCAGCAGAGCACAACAAUGGUAAUAAACUACUGGAGAUGGAAUUUGACCAGUUUGGAAGUCCCCGUUUAUCAAGUGGACUCUUUCCUGGGUGGCAAAGCUUGGGCAGAAUUGAGAAUGGUGCCAACUACUGGUGAAAUUAGGAAAGACUUUCAUCUGGGGCGAAAUAGCAACUGAAGAGGUAUAACAGGGAUGGACUUGGAUGGAGCAGGGUGAUAUAGAUGUAGGAUCUUAAUUAGAGCCAGAUUGCUACAGUAGGAAAAUAAUCAUGCACCAACAGGAAAUGUGAAUUAGUAUGGGAUUAUAAUUAAUGGACAUUUUUCUAGGAGUUGGUCCAUUUGUCAUAAGGGAAAAUCAAAUCUGAAAUGUCUAAGCAGAAAUUAGAAACGUUUGUCUUUUUUAAACCUCAAAUACACUUCAAGUUUUAAAGUUACUGCAUUGCAGGACAGUUAUCCUGCAACAGGGUGAUCAAAUUAAGAUCCUACAUCUGUAGCAGUAGUAGUGACAUAACUUACUGUAUAUUAAAAUGUCAAUAGCUGCUUUGAAUGCAAUGAAGCAUAUCAAGAAAUAAAAGGUAUAUGGAAAUAUGGACCAUGGCUAGAUUCUACUACUAUUUGGUUACCAUUGAGACACUUUCUAAAUAUGAUCAGAGGCAAUUGAUUUUUAUUUUAUUUGGCAUGUGAUUCUUGUGUAAAGCAGUUUAGUGCCUUAUCAAUAUUGUGCCUGUCAUAAAACAAAAGCACAUUGAAACUUAAUUUUGACAAUCUGUAACCAGACAUGCCCAUUUUCACAGUUGGAACUUACCGUAAGCAUAUGCACUGACUGAGAUGAACAUCCUGAUUUCUAUGCAUAGAAUAUAUGGUGAGAUUGGUACCAAUAGGAUGUCCUUCAUAUUGAAGGGUUAGACUGGUACCUUCCAUCUGGGGGGGAAAAUAAACGUAAUUCAAUCAAAUAUGAAUUUAUGUGAGAUUUAAUAGUACAGUAAAUCAUACAAAUUAUAAAAUGCUGCACACUGCUGCUCAUGCUCCCAGGUGAUUUUAUUAUAACAACAUUUCAACCCUUAGUUCUUCAUCAGGCAUCCACUAACAGCUUACAGAUAGAUGGUAGGCAAUUUAGUUCACAGUUAUGAAAACUUAGGAAACUAAAGAGGCCUUUCUACUGACACUGAAAAACACCAAAAUAAAGAUGUCUAGGGUCCCUGCUCAUCUGAGUGAACGUGCCUUAGGCAUGCUGCAAGGAGGCAUGAGGACUGCAGAUUUGGCCAGGGCAAAAAAAUGCAAUGUCCGUACUGUAAAACACCUAAGGUAGCUCUACAAGGAGACAGGACGGACAGCUGAUCAUCCUCGCAGUGGCAGACCAUGUGUAACAACACCUGCACAGGAUUGGUACAUCCGAACAUCACACCUGCAGGACAGGUACAGGAUGGCAACAACAACUGCCUGAGAUACACCAUGAAUGCACAAUCCCUCCAUCAGUGCUCAGACUGUCCGCAAUAGGUUGAGAGAGGCUGGACUAAGGGCUUGUAGGCCUGUUGUAAGGCAGGUCCUCACCAGACAUCACCGGCAACAACAUUGCCUAUGGGCACAAACCCACCGUCACUGGAACAGACAGGGCUGGCAAAAAGUGCUAUUCACUGACGAGUCGCAGUUUUGUCUCACCAGGGGUGAUGGGCGGAUUCGCGUUCAUUAUUGAAGGAAUGAGCGUUACACCGAGGCCUGUACUCUGGAGUGGGAUCGAUUUGGAGGUGGAGGGUCCAUCAUGGUCUGGGGCGGUGUGUCACAGCAUCAUCAGACUGAGCUUGUUGUCAUUGCAGGCAAUAUCAACGCUGUGCGUUACAGGGAAGACAUCCUCCUCCCUCAUGUGGUACCCUUACUGCAGACUCAUCCUGACAUGACCCUCCAGCAUGACAAUGCCACCAGCCAUACUGCUCGUUCUGUGCAAGAUUUCCUGCAAGACAGGAAUGUCAGUGUUCUGCCAUGGCCAGCGAAGAGCCUGGAUCUCAAUCCCGUUCAGCACGUCUGGGACCUGUUGGAACUAGGGCCAUUCCCCCCAGAAAUGUCCUGGAUCUUGCAGGUGCCUUGGUGGAAGAGUGGGGUAACAACUGGAUAAUCUGGUGCAGUCCAUGAGAAGGAGAUGCAUUGCAGUACUUAAUACAGCUGGUGGCCAUACAUGAUACUGAUUGUUGCUUUUGAUUUUGACGCCCCCUUUGUUCAGGAACACAUUAUUCCAUUUCUGUUAGUCACACGUCUGUGGAACUUGUUCAGUUUACGUCUCAGUUUUUGAAUCUUAUUUUCAUACAAAUAUUUACACAUGUUAAGUUUGCUGAAAAUUAAUGCAGUUGACAGCGAGAGGACGUUUAUUUUUUUGCUGAGUUUUUAUCUACACAAUAUUCAAUUAGUUUUUCCAAGAAAGUUUCCCUUUUCUCUGUGGAUAUUCAGAUUUGACCACAAUGCCUCGCACGUUUAGGGGUCUUUAAAGACCAUAUGGGGUUAUUUAUAGAUGGGUUUCAAUUGUGGGUCAGUAUCAAUAAUGUACCACUACUUUUUGAUAUUGUCCUUAAAUGCCUUCCCCAAUUGUGAGUAUUGGGUGAAGCAUGAGGGGACACGUUCUGCUUUUUCUUUUCCUUUUGGUUGAAGGCUUUCCAACUGUGUUAGCCCUUCAAAACAUUGGCAUGUUUUACCAAAUUGUCUUUGUACCCCCUUUCCUUAAACCUUCGUGUGAAGUCAGUGGUCUGUUUCUGGUAAGAAGCAUCAGAGCUGCAUAUUCUUCUGAUUCGGCUGAAUUGACUUAAUAAGUGAACCUGGAGGGAAGCUGGCACCUCUAAGGAGGGUAUUCCUGUCCAUAUGUUUCCUAUUGAGAUCUGCAGAGAGGGAGGUUUUGUCCUUAAUAACCAUGACAUCAAGAAAACUGAUUUGGGAUAGGUCAUAGUUAAUGGUGAAAGGAACGUGCUCAUUCAUAGAUUUAUGUAGGCAUGGAAUUCCAAGAGUUCUUUCUGGGUCCCAGGGUUUCACCAUUUUGUGAAUCCCUGGGCGAUCUCUCUCUCCCCACGUAUACCCGAGACUCUAUUGAUUUAAUUAAUUUUGUGAAAUCUGUGGACCAUAUACCAGAAAAUAAUAUUCUGUAUUGUGGACUUGACUGAACUGGUACUAACCUUAAACUAUUUUCUCUUCAGAGGAUACUUUUUCUUCCAGACCAAAGGAACAACGAUAGGCAGCACGAACCUCUAGAAAUGUUUGAAAAACAGGUGGGGCUGAAUCCAGAAAUUAACGCCUUUCUCUCCAAUAUUUUCCUAAGUCUGAGAUAUUGGAUGAUAUUUCCCCUUCGUUCAAAAACGUUGAUAAUUUAUCAUGGAUAAGAGACUUGAAUUGAUUAUGUGAAGUGAAUGUAGGAGAAUAUAACACAAUAGAUCUGGUAAAAGAAAAUUCAAAGAUAAAAACAACCGUCUGUUUUUACCAUCAUCUUUAAAAUGCAAGAGAAAGGCCAUAAUGUAUUAUUCCAGCCCAGGUGCAAUUUAGAUUUUGGCCACUGGAUGGCAGCAGUGUAUGUGCAACGUUUUAGACUGCUCCCAUGAACCAUUGCAUUUCUGUUCAGAAUGUUGUAUCAAGACUGCCCAAAUGUGUGUCAUUUGCUUAUUAAUAACUUUUCAUGUUCAAAAUUGUGCACCCUCCUCAAACAAUAUCAUGGUAUUCUUUCACUGUAAUGGCUACUGUAAAUUGGACAGUGCAGUUAGAUUAACAAGAAUUCAAGCUUUCUGCCAACAUCAGAAAUGUCUAUGUCCUGUGAAAUGUACUUGUUACUUAUAACCUCAUGCUAAUCGCAUUAGCCUACCGUAGCUAAACAGUCCCGUGGAAGGGACACCGAUACUGUUCGGUCAGUAUUACAGAACUGUGCCUUGUUGUGGAUCUAUUCAAAGUUUAACUGGGCUAUAUGAUUGUUUUUCUAAUUUCUUUAAGAGCAAUUUUGGUGUGAGUGUUGAGAAGUGAUGUGGCUGACGUGAGCAUGAGUCUGAAAUAUGUAUGUACACUAUUUAAUUACUGUGAAAAAAAAGGUAUGCAUCUCAGUGUGCACUUGAAUGUGUGUUUAAAGUGCAUGUGAUACUUUUAGAAAUAAAAUAUUGUG